GCUGACACACAGCAGUGCAGACUCUGAGACAAAGAAACUAGCAACACUGAAAACCUCCAGAAGGCAGGCUCUCAUUAAGUGAAGUACAGAAACGAACAAGGAUUUGGAGAAGACAGAUGCAGCUUUUGAGUCCUGGCUCUGUUGCCUCACCCUUCGUGUAACUUCAGGUACUGGACAAAAGCUGAGACUCAGGAGCCUCUGUGGCUGGCCUCCUCCUGCCUUGAUGGAUUACACACUUGAGCCCAAUUUGACAACAGUAACUGACUUCUACUAUCCCGACAUCUACUCGAGCCCCUGCGAUGGGGAGGGGAGAGACAGCAAGCUGCUUCUCGCCGUCUUCUACUGCAUUCUGUUUGUAUUUGGUCUUCUGGGGAACAGCCUGGUCAUCCUAGUCCUUGUCGCCUGCAAGAAACUGAGGAGCGUCACGGACGUAUACCUCCUGAACCUGGCCCUGUCCGACCUGCUGUUUGUCUUCUCCUUCCCCUUUCAGACCCACUAUCAGCUGGACCAGUGGGUAUUUGGGACCAUAAUGUGCAAGGUGGUCUCUGGCUUUUACUAUGUCAGCUUCUUCAGCAGCAUGUUCUUUAUAACCCUCAUGAGUAUGGACAGGUACCUGGCAGUUGUCCAUGCCGUCUAUGCCUUGAAGGUGAGGACUAUCAGCAUGGGCACAGCCCUGAGUCUGCUGGUGUGGCUGACUGCCCUCGUGGCCACCAGCCCGUUACUAGUAUUUUACCAAGUGGCCUCCGAAAAUGGCGUCCUACAGUGUUACACGUAUUACAAUCAGCAGACGCUGAAGUGGAAGAUCUUCAUCCACUUUGAGGUGAAUAUCUUAGGCCUGCUGAUCCCGUUCAGCAUCCUGAUGUUCUGCUACAUCCGCAUCCUGCACCAGCUGAGGAGCUGCCAGAACCACAACAAGACCAAGGCCAUCAAGCUCGUGCUCAUCGUGGUGGUCGCCUCCCUACUCUUCUGGGUCCCUUUCAACAUGGUCCUCUUCCUCACUUCCCUGCACGACAUGCACAUCUUGGAUGGAUGUGUCAUGAGCCAGCAGCUGACCUACGCCACGCAUGUCACAGAAACCAUUUCCUUCACCCACUGCUGCGUGAACCCUAUUAUCUAUGCAUUCAUGGGUGAGAAGUUCAAGAAACACCUAUCAGAACUAUUUCGGAAGAGUUGCAGCCACAUCUUCGUCUACAUCGGGAGGCAGGUCUCCAGGGAGGCCUUGGAAAAAUCAUCCUCGAAUCAUCACUCCACUCGCUCCUCCACCAUAGACUACAUUCUGUGAGUCUGUGCAGGGCAGAGCAUCCCUCUGCCUCCAUCACCCACCUUCUUGAAAUAGAAAUGAUUCACGCUGGAGGUGGAGGCUACGUUGAAGGGAGACUCUUAGAAAGCUGGCUGGAGACACAAGACUUCUGUCAUGAUAUUUGGUGAAUUACUACUAUUGCAAGUCAACCCUCUCAACUUUCAAAGACUUUGUCACUAUUUUCUAAAAAUAGUCUAUAAGUUUCACUGUGUUAGCUAUAGGGAUUCCCCCUCACCCAGGUUUUGGAGUAUCUUUAUCAAAUACCAGCUUUAAUUUUAUCAAAUGCCUUCUCCUUAUCUAUUGAGGUGAUCAUGUAGUUUUCCUCCAUUAUUCUGUUAAUUUUGUGAACUAUAUUGAUAGGUUUUCUUAUUUUAAACCAACCCAUGUUUUCCCUAGAAAAAAUGACCUCAUGUUUAUGAUCAUUUUAACAAUAAACGAUUGGAUUCUCUUGGGAUUUCUGUAUCUGUGUUCAUGAGCGAUACUGACCCGCAACACUUGUGACCUAGGAAGUGCCUCGGAUCUUGAACCAUGCUGGCCUCGCUCAGGACAUUGCAAGGGACACCUUGGAUUUCCCGGCCUGGACCCUGCUCCUCACUUACAAGCUGGCCUGAGGUAGCAUCUCUGCAUGUCAAGGCAGACACGUGUGAGAUAAGGUUGAAGAUGGUGAUGACGCUGCUUUCUGUCUUGCCUGCUCCAUAGACCUACCCGAUGUCCCACCUAUAGCCUAUAAAUAUCUUUGUGCACAUAAAAGGUUGUUAUUACUAUAAUAAAAAUACACAGC